UCUUGCUACGUGAAUUAUUUAUUUGAUCUCAGAAAGAAGGGAAUAUGAAAAGAAUUAACAAGAAUGGAGGUGGAUGACUAGAGAGAGAACACCUCCAUUCUUGUUUACCCAAAGGAACAAUAUUCUCCAUCCAUGGCUGAGGUAGCGACCAAGCAGAGCACUUCCCCAACCACCAACAAGAAGGAGAAGGACCACACCAACGUCCUCAUGGGUCGCUACGAGCUUGGGAAGCUCCUCGGCCAAGGAACCUUCGCCAAGGUUUACCACGCGCGGAACCUCAAAACCGGUGAAGGAGUAGCCAUAAAGAUCAUAAACAAAGAGAAGAUCCUAAAGGGUGGUUUAGUCUCUCACAUCAAGCGCGAGAUCUCCAUCCUCCGCCGCGUGCGCCACCCCAACAUCGUUCAACUCUUCGAAGUCAUGGCCACCAAAACCAAGAUCUACUUCGUCAUGGAGUACGUGCGUGGCGGUGAACUCUUCAACAAGGUUGCCAAGGGAAGGUUGAAGGAACACGUGGCAAGAAACUACUUCCAACAAUUGAUCUCGGCCGUUGAAUUUUGCCACGCAAGAGGGGUGUACCACAGAGACCUUAAACCUGAGAAUUUGUUGUUGGACGAGAAUGGGAACCUUAAAGUCUCCGACUUUGGUCUCAGUGCUGUGUCUGAUCAGAUUAGGCAAGAUGGGUUGUUCCACACCUUUUGUGGGACACCUGCUUAUGUUGCUCCUGAGGUUUUGGCUAGAAAAGGUUACGAUGGUGCCAAGGUUGAUAUUUGGUCUUGUGGUGUUGUUUUGUUUGUUUUGAUGGCUGGUUAUUUGCCUUUUCAUGACCGUAAUGUUAUGGCUAUGUAUAAGAAGAUUUACAAGGGUGAGUUUAGGUGUCCUAGAUGGUUCUCCGGUGAACUCAUUAGUCUUCUCUCUAGACUCCUUGAUACCAACCCCGAAACAAGGUUUUCUAUUCCUGAAAUCAUGGAGAACCAAUGGUUUAAGAAAGGGUUCAAGCAAAUAAAGUUCUAUGUUGAGGAUGAUAGAGUUUGUAGUAUUGUGGAUAAUAAGGUGCUAGACAAUGAUGAUGAUGUCAUAUCAGACUCCGAGGUUGAGAUUAUGAGGAGGAAUAGUAAUAAUAAUAGUAAUGGUUCUGCUUCGUUGCCAAGACCUGCGAGUUUGAAUGCGUUUGAUAUCAUUUCGUUUUCUCAGGGAUUUGAUCUCUCUGGGUUGUUUGAGGAAAAGGGUGAUGAGGCGAGGUUUGUGUCUGGUGCUUCAGUGUCUAAGAUUAUAGCGAAAUUGGAGGAGACUGCUCAGUUGGUUAGCUUCACAGUAAGGAAGAAAGAUUGCAGGGUCAGUUUGGAGGGUUCUAAAGAAGGUGUGAAGGGGCCAUUGACCAUUGCUGUUGAGAUAUUUGAGUUGACGUCUUCCUUGGUAGUGGUGGAGGUGAAGAAAAAGGGAGGGGAUAAGGCUGAGUAUGAGCAAUUUUUUAACUCAGAGUUGAAACCCGCGUUGCAGAGUUUGAUGAUGGAGGAAUCUGCAUCUUCUUCUUGUGAACCUACUUCUACACAUAAUGAAAAUGAACAACAACGAGCUCUUUCUGAUUCUGCCCUCGACUUACCUUCAAAUGCUGAAUCUUUGUUCUAAUUAAGGUACCAGAAGAAUGACAGAGAAGAAGAUAAAAGGGUUUACUUUUUCUUUUUUGCCUUCAUAGGUUGUGUGUAUGGUAAUUUUUAUAUAUUCUCUUUCCUAGGAUCAUCCUGCUGUUUUAGGUUUAGUGAAUUAGGUGUUACAGUAUUUGUAUGCCCAAAUGUUGUAA